AUGGGUCGUCAAAUCUGCAGGACUCUCGUCUCCUUCUAUCUUAGAUCGUCUUCACAUUCUCUCCCAACCCGUUUCCUCGACCCGAGCUCUGUUUCCUUCUUUUCCUCUGUCGCUAACAAAACAGCUAAAAAACCCAAAAUUUCUGUGUUCGAUUACUUGGUCAAUCAACAGCAGUUCUCCCCUGAGAUAGCUUCCAAAGCCUUGUCGAUCGCAGCCGUGAAGCACGUCAAAACGCCGGAAAGGGCCGACUCUGUGCUAUCAUAUCUCAAGGAUGUUGGUUUCAGCCGAGCUCAGAUUGAAACCAUUGUUCAAAAGGUGCCGCGGGUUCUUAAUUCUGAUGUUGAGAACGUAUUGAAGCCCAAGGUCCAGGUUUUCCAGGAUACUGGAUUUGCAGCAAAGGAUAUGACCGAGAUAAUAACUGGCGAUCCUUGGAUUUUGACAAGAAGUCCGGUGAACCGAAUAGUGCCGUCCAUCGUAGCAUUGAAAAGUGUGGUUGGAUCUGUGGCCAAUGUCGCUGCCUUGUUGAAGAAAUCUGCUUGGUUUUUGAAACUUGAUUUGGAGGCCACCAUGCUGCCUAACAUCGAAUACGUGCAGAGUUUUGGGGUGAGCGAGGAGAAGAUAUUGAGGUUCAUAUCUAGUUUCCCAAGGUUUUUCCUUUUCAAGCCUGAGCAUGUGAAGGAGUUUGUUCGAAGGGUUGAUGAGAUGGGGUUAGAUAGGGAAUCAAACAUGUUUCUGUAUGCUAUUCGGGUUGUAAGUUCCAUGAGUCCAGAGAAAUGGGAGGUCAAAUUGAAGCUGUUUAGGGAUUUAGGCUUUUCGGACGAGGAUAUUCUGUUCGCUUUCAAGAGGCAGCCUAUGGCAUUCUCAACUUCGGAUAAGAAGGUCAAGGAAGUGGUAGAUUUUUUAGUUACCGAAGCGAAUGUGGAAAUUUCAAGUAUUGUGAAAUCCCCUCAGUUGCUCAUUUGCAGCGUUGAGAAUAGGAUAAAGCCACGGCUGAUGGUUAUAAAGGCACUGCAGAGCAGGAAUUUGCUCUCUCGAGAACCUAAGAUGACCGCUGUUUACAAGAUGGCUCAUGUGUUGUUCUUGAAGAAGUAUGUGCUUCCCUAUUUGGACAAAGUUGAAGACUUGAUGCGAAUCGCUAUGGGAACAGUAGCUGCCUGA